GUGUGACCUUUGGCAAUCGAAAAUCAACGACCGUCGACCGACCUGGUCCGCGCUCGUAGACGUAGGACGAUCACCGAAUUUUGUCCAAACUUUAGUUCUGUAGAGGGGAAAUCUUGUAACCACCGGCAAAAUGGCGUACUAUGGCAAUCAAGAUGCCUAUGCCUAUGAUGACGACGAUGAAGACGAUUAUAUGAAACAGGAGGACGAAUGGAAUCGUGAUGAAGUUUUGGACCCAGCUUGGGAAAGACAACAGCGAAAGACAUUUACAGCAUGGUGCAACUCCCACUUGAGGAAGGCCAAUGCAAAUAUCGAAGAGAUCUCAUCAGACUUCUGCAAUGGUCUCAAACUUAUGAUGCUCCUUGAGGUGAUUUCAAGUGAAAAGCUCCCACCCCCAGAGCGUGGGAAAAUGCGCUUCCACAAGAUCGCCAAUGUGAACAAGGCCCUGGACUUCAUCACAUCUAAAGGAGUGAGGCUUGUAUCCAUUGGUGCAGAAGAAAUCGUUGACAUGAACCUGAAGAUGAUCUUGGGUAUGAUCUGGACCAUCAUUCUACGAUUUGCCAUCCAGGACAUCUCAAUAGAAGAUAAUACUGCAAAAGCUGGUCUCUUACUAUGGUGUCAACGUAAGACCGCUCCCUACAACAACGUCAACAUCAAGGACUUUCAUAUGAGCUGGAAGGAUGGCCUGGGUUUCUGUGCCCUGAUCCAUAGGCAUCGCCCAGAUCUUCUGGACUACAGCAAACUAAAGAAGGAUGACCCAGCCACCAACCUGGAGCUUGCCUUCUCUGUGGCCGAGAAGCACCUUGACAUCCCCAGGAUGUUGGAUGCAGAGGACUUGAUGAACACCGCAAGGCCUGAUGACAAGUCCAUCAUGACGUAUGUCUCUGCAUAUUACCAUGCUUUCUCUGGGGCACAGAAGGCGGAGACAGCAGCUGGGCGUAUCAACAAGGUUCUUGGUCUCAACAUGGAGAAUCAGCGUCUCAUGGACGAGUAUGAGAAACUAGCUAGUGAUUUGCUUGAAUGGAUCAGGAGAAAGAAACCUUGGCUGGAAGACAGGACUCUCCAAGAAAGCACUCUAGAUGCGAUGCAGAAAAAGCUUGAUGAGUUCCGCACGUACCGUGGCAAAGAAAAGCCUCCCAAGACUGAAGACAAAGCCCGUCUGGAGACAAACUUCAACACACUUCAAACCAAACUUCAGCUCACCAACCGACCAGCGUAUAGGCCAAGUGAAGGCAAACUUGUUUCGGACAUUGCCAAAGCCUGGAAGGGACUGGAAACCUCUGAGAAAGGCUUUGAAGAUUGGCUGCUGGCUGAGAUGAGGAGAUUGGAGAGACUGGAUCAUUUGGCCAAGAAAUUCCGACACAAGUGUGAUAUCCAUGAAGCUUGGGCUGCAGGCAAAGAAGAAAUUCUUAGGGAAGACUUUUCAGGAAUGAGACUUAAUGAUCUGAAGGCUAAGUGUAGGAAACACGAAGCGUUUGAGAGUGACUUAGCAGCUCACCAGGAUCGAGUCGAGCAGAUUGCAGCCAUCGCUCAGGAAAUGAAUGAUUUGGAGUACCAUGCUAUCGGGCCUAUCAACCAGCGAUGUCAGACGAUCUGUGACCAAUGGGAUACCUUGGGCUCCCUCUCCAUGGGACGAUCAGAAGCCCUUGCUAAAGCGGUGAUGAUCCUGGAAUCGAUUGACUCCAGGCAGCUAGAUUUUGCAAAGAAAGCAGCACCAUUCAACAACUGGUUAGAUGGAGCUAGGGAAGACUUGAUGGAUAUGUUCAUUGUUCAUACACUGGAGGAAAUCUCAGAAUUGCUUGAUGCUCAUGAGGUUUUCAAGAAUAAUUUGGGAGCAGCUGAGGAGGAGUUCAACUCUUUGGCCGCACUGGCUAAUGAGAUCAACAAGACUAUUGAGAUGAAUAACGUCGGCAUCAAAGAGAACCCAUACACAACCCUCACAGUACAAGUUGUAGUUGAGAAAUGGAGAGAUCUAUGUGAACUGGUGCCCAAGAGAGAUGAGGCCUUGUCAAAUGAGUUACGGAGACAACAAUCCAAUGAGCAGAUGCGUGUACGAUUUGCACAGUUGGCCAACCAAGUUGGUCCUUGGAUUGAGAAGCAGAUGGCUGCAACCAUGAACAUCGCCAUCGGACUGAACGUGCCUCUAGAGAGCCAACUACACAAACUGCAAGACUAUGAACACACUGUGCUGCAAUAUAAGAGUAAUGUGGAUGACCUGGAGAGUUGCAACAAGUCCGUACAAGAAGCCAUGAUCUUUGAGAACCCACACACACAAUACACUAUGGAGACGAUACGCGUAGGAUGGGAGCAGCUGCUUACAGCUAUCAGGAGGUACAUCAACGAGAUCGAGAAUAACAUCCUGACUAGAGACACUAAGGGCAUCACGGAGGAACAACUCAAUGAGUUCAGAGCAUCCUUCAAUCACUUUGACAAGAACCGUACCCAACGCCUGGAACCCCUCGAGUUCCGUUCAUGCCUGGUGAGUUUAGGCUACGAUCUGAGGGAGGACAAGAAGAGUGACAUUGAGUUCCAGCGUAUCAUGGCUCUGGUGGAUCCUAGCGGCACCGGCAAAGUGUCCUUCCAAUCCUUCUUAGACUUCAUGACUAGGGAAAUGAGUGAUGCAGACACCGUAGAACAGGUCGUCGAUUCAUUCAAGGUCUUGGCUAACGGCAAGGCUUAUAUCCUACCUGAUGAGCUUCGUAUGGAACUUCCUCCCGAGCAAGCAGAGUACUGCAUCGCUCGUAUGGCACCAUUCAAUGGUACUGGUGCUGCACCAGGUGCCCUAGACUACAUGUCCUUCUCAUCAGCUCUCUACGGCCAGAGUGAGCUUUAAACAACAAAACCGCUCGCCCUUUUAGCAGAAUUUUAUUUAGAAAUUGUGAGAAUUAUGUAAGAGCAGAUUAGAAAAAUUAUAUAUCUACCAACAAAAAAAAGUGGAAAAAAAAUCUUCAUGGAAUAUUUGAUGUGACUGGCAACUUUUUUGUUAUAAGCAAUUAAAGUAGACAUUUAUUUUAUUUUGUUCAUUUUUUUUUUAAAUCCUUUGUCAACAUUUUGUCCUAUGCUGUCUGUCUAUCUGGAUUUUUUUUUUUUUAAUUAUUAAUUUUUUCUUUAGUUAUUUUACUUAACUUUCUAACUUGGCCCCAUGUAAGACCAAUGCGCCCUUGUAUGUUAACAUGUUUAAGAUGCAUAGAGACUGGUCAACAGUUGUUUUUCCCUUUCAGUCUCUCUCUUUCUCUCUCUUUCAACUUGUGGAUUGCUUUUGCCGUGCAUUUUUCUUCGGUUUCCCAGAAAAGCUUGUUGUCUGUGAGGACCUAUGCUGCAAGCAAUUCAGCUACUUCCUAACAGAUUAAAUAAAGGAAAAGUGGUGGUUCAAAGAAUCAUUAGAAAUCGGUAUUUGGUUUGAGCUAAAUAGUUGUACUUCAUCAUAGUUUGUUCUGUAUUUCGUUGCUCUGUACUGUUGUUAAUUGUAAAUAUAUCCUCGUGUUGAAGCUUUUGCAGCAUUCACGUCAAUUUGCCCUCUAAAAUUGUAUAUUGCAGUUGACAUAGCAGCCAAAAUUGAAGCGAUCAUGUAGAGCUUGAAAGAAACGCAAAUAAAGAUAAAGUAGUGUACCAUUGAGAUUAUUGAGUAACUUCUGGUUGGUAUGAUAUCUUUACCAAAAUGCCACUGUCUGCUGUUAAAUGCAGGUGCUUUGAUCAAGUCCAUACAUGAUUCAAACCAAACAGAAACCAAUUUUGUGCCUUGCAGUAAUGUUAGGUACGCUCACUCUAUAAAGGCAUAUUUUCAUAGAUUUUUUGAGGUUUUGAAGAAAGGAUUUUGGAUGAUGUCUGUCUAUGUAAUAUACAGUUGUAAUUGAUGUGUUGUAGAAAGCAAUAAUUUAAUCAUGUGAUUAGAGGUCUGUUUCCUUAUGCAAAAAUCAAUUUAAUUUUCAUAUCGUAGAGAAGAAACGGUUAAACAAUUUUAUAACAUACAUUUGUGUUAGGUUAAGUACAAACAUUAUGGUUUCAAAUUGUUUUUUCUUUCUUUUUGAAAAAGCUUUUAUACAUGUCAAGCCAGAAUACUUUUCAAGUGUUGAUAUUUGAAAGCCAUCGCGCAAAGUGUGAUGUGAUACGUUAAUGGUACUAACGGCCGGCAGCCAGUCAUACAUUCUUCAGCUCUAUUUCAUUCACACUAUAACUCAUUAGUACAAUUAGUGAUAUGUAUCAUGUUUAUUACCACAAGUUAAACCCUCAGAAAAUAUUCCUAAUAAUUUACUCAAGUUAUUGUUUCAAUCUCUGUUCUAAGCUUGUAUCAUCCUCACCAGGCUCGUGUCAUUUCGAACCUUAUAUACUGGUUUAUCUCUCAAUAUCGUUUUGUAUAUUUUCAUAUUUUCUUAUGGUGUGAAGAACAAGCUAUGUACAAAACAUAAAAUUUAUCUAACAAUUCAAGAAAAGUUGCACUUACGAUCAGUUUAUCCAGCUUUUUGACAAGGAAUAUGCUAAGAUGCGUAUAUUAUCUGGUUCAUUGUAAAUUGAAACCUUAUUCUUUCAAGUGCACAUUUGAAAGAGAGUCAUUUUUAAGGUAUGGUACUGAAAUGUUUUAUGCAGACCUUUAAUUGUAUAGUUAUUUUUUUGUUAUAUGAACAGAGAAGAUGAAUGAUGUCUAUUUGUAUUUAAUGCUUCCAAGUCAGUUAAGUCAAAGUUGUGAAUGUUUCAGCUCUUCUUUUGAUCUUUAUUUUGAUUGUGGGUAUAUGUAUGUAUGGUUUUGAGCAUAGUGGAAUAUGUGGAAGAUUGUUACUGCAGUCCUUGUCUUAAUACUCAGUUGUAGUACUUUUCAUGUGCAUUCAUGAAUUCACCUGUGUUGGUUAGUUUGAUAUGGAUAGAGAGAAGAAGUAGUAGGUAAAAUACAAGGGGAUAAACCCGUAAUUGGAAUUGAUCGAGCUUGUCACGUCGGAAAGCUUUUCAUUUUCAAGGAGGGAGCAAGUCAUCAAAAGAAAGCACACAAUGAUUCAUCUUUCUUGCAAAGAUAUAAAGAAAAUUGUAACCUUUGAGUAUUGAUGAUGUUCAAUUAGUUUUACCGAAUAGCUGGAAUGUGAGGAUAUCACUUUCAUCAGCAUUACAGAUAUUGAGGAAAUAGAUAGUACAUGUGUGUAAUGUGUUUGUUUGUUUGAGUACAUGUAUGUAAGGUGUUUGUCUGUUUGUAGGAUAUAUACAAUUAAUUUUUUAAGACAUUGGAUUUAUAUUCUCUGCAAAGUUGUCCAAUUUAACCAUCCAAUGUCCUCAAUUUUCAAAGAACUAAUGACAGAUAUUUCUUUUCUUAGUCUAAUUAUUAGUCAUAUUGUAUCAUUAGAUGGACAAUUUUCUUACUUUAUCCACCUAUUUGUGUGUACAUAAUACAAAUCAAUAUUCAUGUAACAGAGUUGAUGUAUUUUAGGGGUAAGUGGGAAUAACCCAAGCAAUGCACUAAUUCACUAUCCAAGUACUUUUCAAGGUGGUGGUUAUUAGUUUGGUUUAGAUUGGAAUUAUGGUAAAAAUUGUCGCUUUUAUUAUUGUUUGCGUUUGUACAUGUUAGUGUGGAGACAAAGUAGAAACAUAGAUGCUCAUUAUGUUGGUAGCCAAACAUUUCUCCUUUUUCAAAUUUUUUUCCUCAAAUGAUUAAUUGAAAUUUGCACCGAAUGCAGGAAAUUUAUUAAAAUUAUCAAAUUUUAAAUUUUUGUGUUCAAUUCAAAGUUUUAAUGAAUUUUACUUGCAACAGGUUAUUACUUCUCAAUCAAAUUGUCGAAUUUAUGUAAAAAAAAAAAAUCAUAGAAAAUUGUCUGUACUUCAAAAUAUUACAAUGUCUCCUUAGUUAGCUUUUUGUAUCUUAAACAUAUGAUAACCAUCAGAUGAAUUAGCCUCAAUCCACCAUUGUGGAUUAUUCUGUAAAACAUAACUACCUAAGGAGAAGAAAAGGAACCUUUUUUAAAGUUGCAAACAUUGAGAUAUUGGUGCAUAGCUGUAUUAAGUGCUAUAUGGGACGUACAAGAGAAAGAAAGAAUGGCUUCAAGAAGAAUCCACAUGAUCUUUAAACCAGUAACCAGUUAUUAACGAUAUCAAUGACUCUGACGAAAAUUGAUCUAUGGGUGUUUCUUCUGUUGACGAGCCUCCUAGCCUAUGCAAUUUGGGAACAUUAAAACAUCUUGCAGUCCCCCUCA